UAUCGUUUUGUAAAAUCAAAUAUUUAACUUUUCCAUUGCAAAAUUGGGUUAGUUAUGAAUGGAUUUUUACAAGUCAUUUACAAUUUAUAAAAUAAAUCGUAUGUCAUAACUUAGUAGAACUUGUAUACUUUUAUUUUGUUAUUAAUUAUAUCAACAAAUUAUUUUAUUUUUUUUUUAAGAAUAUGUGACAGAUCAAAUGUCUCGAUCUCCACUGAGUGACACGACCAAUACAAAAUUGGGAUCAUCUUUUAUAGAGAGUGUAAUUGGACAAGAAAAAGAGGCAUCCUCAGGGUUUCCAACAUCAUUGAUUGAUGCCGCCACAGAGAAGAAGAUCUCUUUGACUCCAGUUGUCGAGAGAGAGAUUUCAGACAUAUAUCAACCAAUCCAACCUGAGCCAACUUUGACGUCAUUUUCUGUCGAACUAGAUACAGCGGUAGACAAAGACGUCAGCCUAAAUUCUGAUAAUUUUCGUCAAGAUAGUCAGUCGGAUCCUCCUCAAAUAAGUGACCAGGAUUCUGAUGAAUGUAUGGAGGAUACAGACUAUAUUCCUUCAGAUAAUGAAAGUGAUAAUUCAGAUACCAGUGAAGAUAAGUUUACAGCAGCCGAUGAAAAAAAAAUUUAAACGAAAAUAGUCAAGUAGGACCUAAAAGAAGCCGAUGGAACACCCCAAGACCAUCUGUGUGGAAAAGACAUGUUGAAAAAAGCAAAAGAAUUGAAGGAAAACCCUACAAAGUACCACUGGUAGAAUGCAAGCUCCUAAAAUUCCAAAGACGGUUGAUUGCUCUAAAUGUCGAUUCAAGUGCCAAAAUAACUUUUCUGAGGAGAACCGUAAGUUGCUUUGCCAAACUUAUGCGAUGUUGUCAUUUCAAAGACAAAAAGAUUUUAUAUUAUUGAAUGUGCUUUCAAAUGAAGUAAAGAGUCGCAGGCCGAGAAAAGGAGAAAAUAGCAAAAUGCGAUCCAACGCAGAAUCCUACUUUUUUACAAGAAUUGUCUAUUUCCAAUAUGCCUAUAAUUAACGCCUUUAAACAGCAGAAUGAAAGCGGCGAAUAUAGUGGAAUAGAUAGAAGGGGCCGUAAGAUUCCUGCCAAUAAAACUUCAGAGGAAACGAGAAUAAGAGCUAAAAAAUGAAAGCUUCCCUGUUUUGAAAAGCAUACACGUUUUGUUUUGUUAAACCUGUUUUUUGUAUUAUACUAAUGUUCUUGUUUUGUGAAAAUUUACAUGAAAAAAGUAAAUUACUUAUAUAAGCAAAAAUUAUUGUAUUAUUUACAAUGUGAACGAAGCCUGCAAUAAUCGUACGACAGUAAGUAAAUAAAAAAUUAUACGUAAGUCAUAAUUUCACAGCAAAAUUAAACAAGCAAAACACACUAACUUAAAUG